CUGUUAUUUCUGAGGCGGUUAUUCCGAGGCGGUUAUUUCUGAGGCGGUUAUUCUGAGGCGGUUAGUCGCCUCUGUCUCCGCCCCCCAUCUGUGUUGUUUGUUUUAUUGUUGUUGUUAGCUUGUUUUGUUUAUUUGUUUUGUUUUGAUUUUCACUUCCGACUGGUGGAGAGCUCCUUUCCAGUGCUUUUGUUCCAUUACAUCUAUGGCUUGUUAAAGCUGUGCCUUGGACAAGACGCUGCUGAGUCUGUAAGAAAUGCCAUCACCACUACCACCCCGAAGCUCCAAACCUGAGACUAAGAAAUCUAAGUCCAACAAAAUUAUGACCAGUGAUCAUGACAAAUCUGAAAAGAGGAGGGAGAAUUACCAAACAAAGAUGUCUCCAUCAUCACUUCAGGGAACACUCAAAAAGAGAUCAGCUUUUGAAGAUCUUACCAAUGCUUCUCAAAGUCAACCUGCCCAGCCCAAGAAGGAGGCCAAUAAGGAGUUUGUUAAUGGUGUUUCUAAGAAAAAAAACAGGAGCACACCUGCUCCUGAGUUGGCCAAAAACAAUGAGUUGAAUAUAAAAAGGCAUAAGCUGGAACCAUUACCAGUCAUAGCCUCUACCACCUCGGUAUCAAACAUUAUGGAGGAACCGUUCAUUCUCGAGAUAUCUACCAUCUCCAAAACACCCACUACUGAGGGGGCAUCUCUUUUCAAAAAGUUGUUAGUUUUAAAAGAGGAUCCCACUACUGAGGAGACAACCCUCACCAAGAGACCAUUAUUUUUUAAAAAGUGCACAAAUCAGGGGGAGAUGCCCCUCUUGAAAAAGUCAUUAUCCUUGCAUGAGGAGGCUGACAAUGAAGAUGAGUUUGUUAUGGUGCCAAUGACUUUAAGGAAGAAGCAUAAAACUGAAGAGGCAGCCAUCACCAAGAGGGCAUUAUCCUUAAAGAAGAAGAUAUGCACACAUCAGGGGAAGCAGUCUUUCUGGGAGGAGUUGUUGGCCUUGCAGGAGAGAAUCAACAUUGAAGAGGAGUCCUUCUUUAUGGAGCCAGUGAACUUUAUGAAGAAGCCUAAAACUGAGGAGGCAACCCCCACCAAGAAGCUGUUAUCUUUAAAAAAGAAGAAGCAUAACACUCAGGGGAAGAUGUCCUGCUUGAAGAAGCGACUAGUAUUGCAGAAGAUCACCUAUGAAGAGAAGUCACUCUUUAAGGAGCCAUUGUCCUUUAAGAAAAAGCCUACCGCUGAGGAAUUCCUCUUCCAGGACCCAUCUGCAUUACAAGAGAAGCACACCACUGAGGGGGACAUGUCCGUCUUGAAGAAGUCCUUGGUCUUACAAAAGACUCCCAUUGAGGAGGAGUCACUUUUUAAGGAGCCUUUGGCUUUUAAGAGGUGCACCGUUGAGGCAGCAACCCUCACCAUGAAACCAUCAUCUUUAAAGAAUAAGUGCACUACUCAAGGAAAGAUGUCCCACUUGAAGAAACCACUAAUACUGCAGAAGAUCAUCUCUGAAGAAAAGUCAGUCAUUGAGGAGCCAUUGUUUUUUAAGAACAAGCCUAUCAUUGAGGAGUCCCUUUUCCAGCAGCCAUCUGCAUUGCAAGAGAAGCAGACCACUCAGGGGGAAGGGUCCAUCUUGAAGAAGCCGUGGGCAUCCCAGGAGAAUAUUGAUAGUGAAAAUUUCUUUGUUAUGAAGCCAGAUUCCUUUAGGAAGAAACAUACCACCACGGAGGCAACCCCCACCAAGAAGCUGUUGUCGUUAAAAAAGAAAAAGUACACCACUCAGGGGAAGAUACCCAUCUGGCAAGAAUUGUUGGACUUGCAGGAUAUGUUUGUCAAAGAAAAGGAUUCCUUCUUUAUGGAGCUGAUGUUAUUUAGGAAGAAUCCCACAACUGAGGAGACAACCAUCACCAAGACACCAUCAUAUUUAAAGAAGAAACAAAUCACUCAGGGGAAGAUGUUCUUAAAGAAGCCACUAGUGUUGCACAAGACUGCCUCUGAAGAGGAGUCACUCUUUAAGAAGCCAUUGUCCUUUAAGAAAGAGCCUACAACUGAGGAGGAGUCCCUCUUCCAGGAUCCAUCUGCAUUGCAAGAGAAGCACACCUUUCUGGAGGAGGUGUCUCUCUCAGAGAAACAAUUGGCCUUGCAGGAGAAAACAACCAGUGAAGAAGAAUCAUAUAUUAAGGAACCAUCGACCUUGAAGGAGAAGCCAACCAUCGAGGAGGAAUUCCUCUUUCAGGAGCCAUUUUUAUUACAUGAGAAACUUAGCAACAAAAACGAGUCUCUCUUCCAGAAGGUUUUGUUCUUGCAGGAGAAGACUGCUAUCAAAGAGGAGUCCUUGAAGAAGCUGUUGGCCUUACAAGAGGAGAUCACCUCUGAAGAGGAGUUCCUAAUUAAGGAGCCAUUAGCUAUGGAGGAAAAGUCCACCAUGGUGGAGGAAUUUCUCUUCCACAAACCGUUAUCAUUACAAAAUAAUUCUACCAACAAAGAAGACUCACUCUUCCUGCAACCAGUGGCUUUGCCUGAGAAAACUGACACCAAAGAGAAAUCCUUCUUGCAGAAACUGUUGACCUUGCAGGAGAAAACCACCACUGAAGAGAUGUCCCUUUUUAAGACACCAUUGGACCUCAAGAAAGAGCCUUCUGAUGAGGUGGCAACAAGCAUAGAGAGGCAAUUAUCUUUAAAGAAGAAGCCCACUGCUCAGGGGGAAGUGUUUCUCUUAAAGAAUUGGUUGGUCUUACAAGAGAACACCACCAAUGACGAGAAGUCUUUUCCUAAGCAGCCAAAGGCCUUCCAAGAGAUACCCAGCAUUGAGAAGGAGGCCCUCUUCAAGGAGCCUUUGAUCUUGCAGGAUAAUCCCAGCAUUGAGGAGGCAAUCCUUAAGGAGCCCUUGGACUUGCAGGCGAAGCCCACUUUUGAGAAGGAAUCCCUACUCAAAGAGACCACUAUUUAUACAGAGGCUCACUUCAAGGAGCCCCUGACGUUACAGGAGAAGCCCAGCAUUGAGAAGGAAGCCCUCCUCAAGGAUCUCACUAUUGACAAAGAGGCUUACUUCAAAGAGCACUUGGCCUUGCAGGCGAAGCCCAGCAUUGAGAAGGUGGCCCUCUCCAAGAAGCCAUUGACCUUGCAGGAGAAGCCCAUCAUUGAGAAGGGGGCCCUCUUCAAGGAGGCUUUGGCCUUGCAGGAGAAGCCUGCUAUCAGUGAGGCAUUCUUUUCCAAGGACAUAUUAGCUUUGAAUGAGAAACCCACCACUGCGGAGGAGUUUUCCUUCAAGGAGUCUUUGCCCUUGCAAGAAAAUCCCACCACCAAGGAAGACAUCUUUCUCAAAGCACUCUUGACCUUCCAAGUUGAGACAAACCCACGUAUGUCCAGCACUGCCACUGAAUCCAGAACAGGCGAGUCCAGCACUGCCACCAUGUCCAGUGUGGGCAAGUCCAGUACUCCCAGCAAGUUCAGUGUGUGUGAAUCCAGUUCUAAUAAAUCUUUCUCACCUCAGGGCAAGAGAACACAGAAAGAGCAGAUGACCUCACUAGAGGAUAUUGACAAGGACCACAGUGAUCCAUUUUUCAACUCAAUAUAUGCCAAGGAUAUAUUCAGUUACAUGAAGGAGAGAGAGGAAAAAUUCAUACUUAAAAAAUACAUGAACAGACAAACUGACAUCAACAGUGACAUGAGGGCCAUUCUUGUGGACUGGUUGGUGGAGGUACAGAUGACCUUUGAGAUGAGUCAUGAGACGCUGUACUUGGCAGUGAAGCUUGUGGAUCACUACCUAAUGGAAGUAGUAUGCAAGAGGAACAAGCUACAACUCCUUGGUUCCACUGCCUUUCUGAUUGCAGCAAAAUUUGAGGAGACCUGCCCACCUUGUGUGGAUGACUUCCUGUACAUCUGUGAUGAUAUUUAUCAGCGAGAUGAGGUGCUUGCCAUGGAAAUCAGCAUCCUGAAAACCCUCAAAUUUGACAUCAACAUCCCCACCGCCUAUCAUUUUCUGCGCAGAUAUGCUAGGUGUGUUCAUGCCAACAUGAAGACCUUGACCUUAUCCCGCUUCAUCUGCGAAAUGACCCUGCAAGAAUAUGACUAUAUCCAGGAGAGGGCUUCCAAGCUAGCUGCUAGCUCCUUCCUCCUGGCCCUCUACAUGAAGAAGCUUGGACACUGGGCUCCUACCCUGGAAUAUUACAGUGGCUAUAAGACCUCUGAUCUUCACCCCUUGGUCAGACAGCUGAACAUCAUGCUGACUUUUCAGCCUUGUGACAGGCUCAAGACUGUGUAUUCCAAGUAUUCUCACCAGGUCUUCUUUGAAGUCACCAAAAUACCCCACUUGGACAUGUUGAAUCUGGAGGAGAUCUUGAACUACUACUGAUUCUGAGACUGAGAGUCUGGCACCCUGACAGCAGCCACCAGAGCCAGGCAGACACAUUAAUAGGCUGUAUUUAUUCUAUGCUUGAAUUUGUCUUUUGAUUACUUUUCCUUAUUUUCUUGUCUUUGUUUUUUCCCCAAACUGAUAAUGUUGUAAAUAUUUAAGUUUUUUAUGAAAGAGAAGAAAUUAUCG